AUGAAUCUGCCAGUAAAAGUCGCAAGGAGAAUAUUCCAAAAAGAGCUUGAAAAGCUGCUGAGUGGCGAAUCGUCUGUUAAAUCGCUAUCUCGUAAGUUGGAAACUGUCGAAUCGAAAUUUUCCUCCAUAUCUCCUAAGGUCACGAUAGGACCGGAAGAAAAGAAUCGCUUGUCCGAUUCUGUGUCUUCCUUUGGAUCUAUAAAAAGCUACAAAACUACCAAGAGCAGAAUCUCUCUUUUUUUUGGUCCAAAAAAGGAAUUCGAGCUGUUGAAAGAUAAGCUUUCUACAUUGACUUUGAAGCACUCUGAACAUUACAAGAAAGUAAAUUUCGAAAAAGAAUCCUUUGUUGAUAAGCAGUUUCCGGCUCUGAUUAAAAAAAUGGGCAAUAUUUCUGAAGAGUUGUCUUUCCUCUCCUUAAGAGAGCUCUAUUCUUCAAUCGAUAUUUCUAGUCAAACGCAUUGUUCUCUUUUGGAGCUUUGUGUUGUUGGAAUUGACCUGGCUCCCUUGGUUUCAAGAAUAAUUAACUCGAUUGAACAGCUAGGUGGAUUGACCACAUUUAAUCUCUAUGGCACGGGAAAGGAUCUUUCCUGUGAGAAUGUCGAUGAGCCCAUUUUGUCAAAUCUAUCUCAGCUAUUAAAACGAGCUUUGAUGGAUUUUUAUCCAAGAAAGAUUUUUAUAGCUUCGUUUUUCGAUAAAAUCCACUCUGCAAUGUCGAAUCUUACCAAACAGGACAAUACUUUCAAGAUGAUCAAAGCCACCAUCGGCGAUACGGUAAAGUUGGAAUACACUUUGAUUUCUACCCUGUUUCUUCAUUUGCACAGAGUUUCAAGAAACUCGAUGACAAAUGGAUCGAGCUCUUUGGAAUUGGCAUUGAUAUUUUUUCCUCUUCUUGCCGAAAUACAGGAAGAAAAAAAUUCUGCAAUCAAAGCGGGAGACCCCAGAAUUGAAGUCAUUCAAUUCAUCAUUGAAGAAGCGGAAAAGAUCUUUUGCAAUUAA